AUGCAUUCAAUCGAAAAAACUCGACCGGAAAGGAAAGUCCGAAGGAACUUCACCUUGAGCCAUAUUUUAUUCCAGAUGAUGUUGUUGGCGAUGCUGGCCACGUGCCUGGUGAUCCGGGCGGAGGUGCCGAAGCCGAGUUACGCCAGGACGAUGUUGAAGGUCGGCAGAAGCCUUCCAGGAGAAACCCAGGAGCUGCAAGUCCGAACGAGUGAGGGAAACAUUGCGACGCUGAUCGUGAAACGUCGGGAAAAAGCCGACAGCUUCGAUCACUCAAAGAACGUUUCAAAGUCUGCAGAGGACAGAAAAGCCGAGGACAUGAAGAAGAACGAGCCGACGUUCUUCAGACUGAACACCCAGACGCCCUCUAGCGCUCAGAAGGCCGAUCCUGACAGCUGGACACCCCUGAGGGACAGCAGUUCGUUGAACGUCCUAGAGCCGACGACGGAGUCCUACCUGAGCUGGAAGCCCCUGCCCUCGGACUCCACCAGAGCCACCACCGAGGAGCGGACGAAUUACGGUUUGAUCUUCGCCCGGAACUUUCAACAACGAAACGACAGGACCCUGGAGCCCCAGGACCAACGGAGGACUUACACGGUCCUCCCACACUCGCGCCCCCUCACCAGAACCAACAUCGGCGCUAACCUCUCGAAGAACCGGGACGGCAAAAACGUCCCGCCAGAGGUGACCGUCCGCUCCGAGAUCAACGUCAAAAGCUUCCCGAAGAGAACGCCGAUGUCCAUCGAUGCUGACGGCAUACCCGUGAUCCAGGGAAAACGAGUGCCAGACGAACCCAUCGAUAAAAUCGAGACGUGGAGAAAUGCCCGGGUCAUCAACAAUAAAUUAGUUUCGGACGCCGCCACGCCGGACGCCACCGGCAGCACCGGUGAGGCUGGCUCCGAGAAACGGAGAUUCGAGAGGUUCUUUCAGGAUGUCAAUAGAAGCACCCACCAACAGGCGUUAACCCCGGAACUCUGGCUUCGCAGGUACGGCCGAAACUUCGACGAGGAGCCGCGCAACGUCUACUACGAGUGGGACCCCCGACGCCACCGAAACGUGGCCCUAAACGCCGAUAUCUACGAGACCGGUAACGAGCACUACCGUUCAAACAUCCAAAAGCGGAUGCUGCACCCAGAAUCCACACAGACCUACCCAAACUCCCAGAUGUACACGCCAGAGAGCCAGAAGAUCGCUCCGCUGACGCUAAAGCCCGGAGCCCGCGCCCCAGUUCUCCAAUACGCGCACCCAGAAUUGGGUGUUCAGCCCGCAAAGAUCUUGAAGAUCGAGAAGAAACGGCCAGACAACUUCCCAGAGAACCAGAACUCCUUCACAGAGCAGAGACACAAGAAGAAGUACGUGCUGAAUGACAAAAACGUCAUCGACUCGUACAGCGCGAAGAACUACUAUCCAAACCAGCAGUUCUACGGUCUGAAGCGGCCCUCGGAGCCGCCAUUUUGGGUGAAGAUAUCCGAGAACCUGAAGAAUCAGUUCUCGACGGGAGUUGAGAAGGUCUCCCAGUUCACAAAGCCUGUUUUUGAUCCUCUGGUGGAGGCGACUCAGAAGAUCUCCCAGAAUCUGGGGCUCUCCAGAGGUCAAGAGGCGCAGAACAAGGUGGGAAUGGUCCCCCCAGGGUCAUCUAUUCUGAUCCCCGCUCUGGGUCUGGUGGCGUCUGGCGCUGCUCUGGGAAUCGGUGCAGUUGCUGUCGGAAGGUUUCUGGACGUCGAUGUGAUGAGGCGAUCUGACGAGAAUGAUGAAUACAGCGAGGAAGUGGAGAACCGGAGGGCCCUUCAGGGGGCGUCUGACGGACUGAGAUCGCGUCAGCUAGGGACUCUAAAUGCUGCCGAGGAGGGCGACAGCCCAAGAAACGAAAGACGAAAGAGGAGUCUGGACGAUCCUAAUCUGUUCGUCCUUCCCACCGACGAAGACGACACCAGGAGCAGACGAUUGAGGAGAACCGGGGCGGACAACCUGGUGGAUAUAAUCGAGGUUGACAUACCGGCCAGCAAGAACGACCUCCUUCUCCUCUUCGAGGACAACAGUCUUCCCGACGACGAUCUGGCUGACGCAAGACGAAGUAGGAGAAGCCUGAGCGACAGAGAGCUGGGGGAUGCCCUCCAGAAUCUCCGCAACUCCGAGAUAUCCGAUGCGCAUGUCAAUGGGGAGUGGACGCACACUCCCUGUGCCAAGAGAAUAUUCUGCGACGCCAUGAUUCAACAUAGCGGCGACGCCUCGAUGCUCAUGGAAAAGAAGAUGGAGUCGCUUCUUCGCCUGAUUCAGCCUGGGGCGGCUGUUCAGGUGUCGAGUCACUUCCAGGAGGUCAUGGAGGCCGUAAGAAGACACGACUGUUCGAGAUUCCAGUGUCCACAGACACGUCCCACUGACGUCUUCUUCUAGGCUAGAAAUAUCUCCAGAUCAGUAUCGCGAGUGGUCAGCCACUGGAACAGAAGAAAAUCAUUCUAUUAUUUUUCUCGUGGAGACAAAUGUUUUAAUAUCGGGGGGAAUUUUCCACUGGGUUUGGAGAUUAUUGGAGAACCCGACGGAUUUUGCACGAAAAGAUUGCAUUGAAAAAUUUAACGAAUUCGCUAUACAAUUCUAUUCGAUUUCCACUGAACUUUCUAUUAGUUUUUCACCCAUUCUGUUGAAAAAAUCCACAAGUUAUCGUGGAGUUAUCGCAUUCUUUUUCAAUAGAUUUGUCAAAUCAAAAAUAUUCUAUAGAAAAAGAUUAAUAAGAACCGAUUUUUCUAUGCAAGUUGUUCUAUUGAGGUUUUGUUUGAUUUUUUUAAUGCAAAAGGAAGCCAGAGUGGAGAAAACUCGGAAAAUUCAUGUCGAGGAAUUUCUACAGAAAAUUGUAUAGAAAGAUGAAAUUCUACUGAUUUAUUCUAGAAAACAGUUUCCAUUGGAU